GCCGCGCCUCCGCCCGCCCGCCGCAACAGCCACCAUGUCUGACAUUGAGAAGGCGUUUGCUUUUCUCCACGACAACAUUCCCCAAUGGCUGCACGACAUCGCCACCGUCCACGAGAGGGUCACGGCCAUGCAGGCCGACCUGGAAAAAGUCCCCAUGUCCCAGUCGCCCUUCAACAAGCAAAAAACCGAUUCCAACGCCUCGAUACGCCCCGCCAAACUCGACGCCAUUGAAGAGCACGCUGAGCCCUCCAACCCGACGCCGACCGACGCCCUUGCCAAUCGGAAGCGAAAGUCGCUUUCCGUCUCGUCGGCCCGGGGUUCCGAGUCCACUCGUCAGCGCCCUCGAAUCAUGGUCGUUACCAACUAUGACGGCGACAUGCAGAAGUCGUUUGAAUUGCUUGUUCGCGGGAUCGGCACCGGCCGCAACCUGCUGCGCAAAGCCAAGAUGGAGGCCAGGAUGAACGACAUGGCUACCAUGGCAGACUCGAGCGACGAAGAAGACGACGACGCCGACCACGGCCACCGGGAAACCACAAUCACACGAGUAAACUACAAAGCACGCAUGUCGGCACUGCGCGCACGAUCGGCAGCCAGGCGCAGCGGCCGAUUGGGCGUCAGCAGUGGUGAAACACCAGCUGAACUUUUUGACUCUACCGACAAGACACUGGAACAAGCACAAGAACUAUGCGAAAAGGCGGCCCACUUGACGCUACGCGAAGGCGACUGUAGGAAGGAGUUGGCAGCUGUACGCGUCAGCUUCGACACCCUACUAGUCACAGCCACAACCCAAGUUGACAAGUACAAUGCACGCAAGUUGCAAGAUCCGCCCGAGCUACAGGCCCACGAAACUUCUGACACGUCCAUGUCUUCGCUAGAGCCAGACAUGGCGUACCGAAAAGACACACCACAAGCGCCUCUACCAUUGUCUGAUCCAAACCUCAAGUCUGCCCACCCAGCCGGAGCUGCUGGUUCCGGACCAUUAAAAAUCGUCGACCUUGAGGUCGACGACGAAGGCUCUGACGACGACUUUGUCUUGCCCCCAGUACGGUUGACAUCACGACUUCGUUGAUCAGACCGAGCAUCCAAUUUCCUAGUCACGUUCGUUAUUUGCAGUGCGUUCAAGCGAGUUUCAUUUGAUUGGUUUUCCGUCUGGCGUUUCCGGGAUACUUGAAAGAAUAGCAGCCACACUUGGCUUGGCAUCAUGUUGGGGAUGAAAA